AUGGAUACAAUAAGCGAUUAUUGCUUUACUUCUUCUCUUUUGAUUGAUCUUGAAAUUCCAUCAACGAUCAAAAAAAUAGGAAAUUACGCCUUUUCAAGGGCAAAUUUUAAGCAAUUUCCAACAGAAAACCUUAAUAGAGAUUUGGAAUUCGGGAAAAGUUCAUUUGCUUUCACUGCAAUUGAAGAAUUUACAAUACCAUCAGGUAUAUCAUAUAUCAAUCCUGGAUUGUUUUCUUCAUGUCAAUACCUCACAACAAUUCGAAUUCCACAAGUUGAUUAUAUCGGUAGUUAUGCCUUUUUCAACUGCAGUAAAUUGGAGCAUGUUUCCAUUUUAUAUGGUUGUAAAGAGAUUCAAGAUUUUGCAUUUUCUAAGAGUGGAAUAGAAACAAUUUCAUUUCCACAGUCAAUUACAGAAAUUGGUAACAAUGCAUUUUCAGAUUGUAUUAAUUUAAAUAUUUCUUCCCUUCCAGAAAGUUUAACAUCCGUUCAAUAUCAAACAUUUUCAAAUUGUACAAAUAUCACAUCGAUUGAUCUACGAAAUGUUGCAUCAAUCAAUUCAUUAGCAUUCCAUUUAUGUAUAAAUUUAGUCGAAAUUAUUAUACCAAGAUAUUGUAAGACAAUUGGAAGUUAUGCUUUCGGCAGCUGCAUAUCUCUUUGUUCUGUUGUGAUAAACAAAGGUUGUUUAACAAAUUCGUUCGCUUUCAAUAAUUGUACAAGCCUAAGUCUUGUUGUUCUUAAAGAGACAUCAGCAAUCAAAAAUUAUGCAUUUUCUAAUUGCUCUUCAAUAAGAAACGUUGUUUUAAGUCAAUAUGUUGGCUUGGAAGAAUUUCCAUUUGAUGAUUCUUUACAGAACCAAAUUAAUCUUUAUUACACAAGUUUAACUAAAAAAUACUCAUCAGAUAUUGGUAAAUAUAUUAAAACUGUAACCGCACUUGAUGAAUACAAUGAUACGAUAUUUCUUGGUAUUACUCCAACAAAAGUAUCAAAUGAAACAAUGCUUGAUACUAUAAAGAACUUAGAAUGUGGGGUAGAUAUUAGUAUCUUUGAUGAUGAAUACGUUGAAGAUAGUGAUGUUAUAACUCCGGCUGUCAUUCCAGUAAAGAAAAAGAUAUAUUUUGAUGUUCAUGGAGGAUUUGUUGCCUACAAAACAUUUAUUGUAAAUGUUUUAUCAUCAAGUAUUCCAUUUCUUGGAAAAGCUAAAUAA